GUAUUUCUGGGAAGAAGAAAAAGGAAAACAUGUUUUAAAACAGUUCACUGGAAGUAAUAUUUAUCUUGUUAAUAAACAUUACAAUACCUACAAUUACAUUCACUAAGCAUAUGACUGUUGUUCAACUGUAAUGCAGAGGAUCCAAGAGCAGAAACACAACACACAAUAUUCCACCUAAUUAAGAAGACUGUGAUUUGAUUGUGAUUUCAAAAAAGGGCCAAAAUAUGAUUUCCUUGACUGAACAAUUAAGGCCAAAUACUUGAGAUCCUAAAAGGUACUAAUAUGAUGCUAUAGUGGCAGGGAAAAAUACUUUUUUCUAAUUUUACACACCAGUUUUAUCCUGUUUCUUAGUCAGUACAUGGUCUGCAAUAAAUUCUAAAAGCUAAUUUAGUUUGCUUGUCUUAAUCAAGAUGACAUAACUACAGAUGUACAGUAACUACUUACCCUGAAGAUGAGGGGAAAGUACAGGGUCACCAUUAACGCCCGAUCCCGCCUACAGGACAUAUUUCCGUAAGCGCUGGAGACGGCUCAUCAUAUCAGAGUCAUCGUUUUGAAGAACCUCAUUCUCAUUGGAAUGACAUAAACUGCAUCAAUAGCAUCACUUAAUACUAACAUAUUUCUAUCUUGCUAAUCGAACACUUUUUUUUUUUUUGUGCAGAAAGGAGCAAAUACUCACUGCUACUACUAUGGCCAGAUUGGAUGUCACAGAGAUGUUUAACGGUAUUUCGUUUCCUGGACAUCUGCACACCCAAGAAUCCCUGGAACUUGCUCUCAAGUUUCCGUUUCUGGACACAGAUAUCCUCAUCGUCUCCUAUCCAAAGUCAGGCACCACAUGGAUGCAGGAAAUGGUGAGUCUCAUUUCCAGCAGAGGGGACCCACACUUGAUCCAGACCGUCCCAAACUGGGCCAGGGCUCCUUGGCUGGAGCAAUACUAUUGUGCUGCAGUACUGGAGACCUCAUCCACCGUACCUCGAGUCAUCACCACACACCUGCCUCAUCACCUCCUGGGCCCUGCCCUCCAGGGUUCCAGAGCCAAGGUCAUCUACGUGAGCAGAAACCCUAAAGACGUGGUGGUGUCUUUUUACCAUUUUCACAAAAUGGCCAACUUUCUCCCUGAUGCAGGAACAUUUACAGAGUUUUUAAAUCGAUUCUUGGAAGGCACAUUGUGCUUUGGCUCCUGGUUUGACCAUAUUAAAGGCUGGACCAGUCAGACAGCAACUGUGAACAACCUGCUUCACAUUACUUAUGAAGAGAUGUUGUUGGACCUACAUGGUGCCAUAAAGAGGGUCAGCUCUUUCCUACAGUGUCCCCUAGUGGAUGAAGAGGUCAACAACUGUGUGCAACACUGCAGCUUCAGCACCAUGAAAAACAACAAGAUGGUCAACUACACCAUGGUCCCUGAUGAUAUAAUGGACCAUAGCAAGGGCUCCUUUAUGAGAAAAGGUAAAACUGGUGACUGGAAAAACAUGUUCACAGAGGAGCAGAAUCAAUAUUUCGAAAGCACCUUCAAGUCCAAGAUGCAGGACUGCACUUUGGAGUUUGUGUGGGAGGUGCAGGAUGAAGAGGAGACGCACGCUAAAGAGAAAGCUGUGUAAAUUCUACCAAUAUUCAGUAAACUGAGUCCUGAAUUAGACACGAUGUCAAAGGGGACACUUUGACAUGUGCAACAUUCAGUACCUUCUACGCUGCUUCUGUUUUUUGCUGUUUUGCUGUCAUUAAUAUGUCUGUGCAUUACCUGAUAUUUGUGAUGAUGUAUUUAAUGUUUUACAUUUAAGAAUAAAUCUCAGAUCA